GGGAGAGAGAAAGAGAGAGCUGCUCUCUCGAAAAAUAUAGCUCAAAUCAAUAAACUUUGAAUCUUUUCUUCUUACAAUUUGAUUCUUGAUCCGGUUUUUCAAAACCUUGACCCUACGAAUCAAUCCGAUCCGUCAUUCUAAUCAAUCGGAUCGGGUUGCAAUCGUGUCUCGAGAACCCAAACCCGUAGCCGCGAACUUCGCCCAACCCUUCUCUCCCCCAUUGAAUAGCGAUAGGGCCGUGACGGUCCCGUCUGGGAUUAGGAAAUAGGAAGAAAGCAAAAUCCCAAACCAGGGAGCCAGCUUCCGUAGCAGCCUAGCACGGGGGAGGAAGCCAUGGCUUCGAGUUCUGCCCUCUUCCAGUCCCCAACUUCCCCUCGUCCUCUCUUCGCCUGCCACUGCUCUGACAGCAUCGGUCGCCGCCGCGUUUCCGUCCGGAUACCUACCGCCGCUCUCUCCCGCAGGAAGCCCUUUCGCCAUAUCGUGGCAUCUGCUGCUGGUAGCACCCUGUCGCUAUCCUUCGUCAAGAGGAAGCUCUGCUGCUAUGUCGUGGCUUCCUCUUCAACGCUCGAGAGCGCUCCCGCCGCCUCUGACUCCGGUUUCCUCGAUGCACUCGAGCGUUGCUUCGCCGCCUCGCCGGAUGUUGAACCCUCCUCUUCUGCGGCCGGGGCGAUGCUUUCCACGACGAUGAAGAAAGAGUAUGGUGCACAUGGUGCGGUUACUUUAGAGAAGUCCAAGCUGGAUCUCUCUCAAAAGACUACUAAGUCGAGUCCCGAAUUAGCGACCGGUGGUGGAGGUGGAGAUAUUGGAAAGAAAAAUUUUCAUGGAGGGGGAGAUGGGGGUGAUGAUGAUGGUGAUGAUGAUGACUACUUUGAUGACUUUGAUGAUGGAGAUGAAGGAGAUGAAGGUGGAUGGUUUAGAAGGAGGAUUGUUAUAAAGGAGUUUUUUGAUAGGAAAUUUAUUGAUGCUGUCUUUAAUGAGUGGUACAAGACCAUGGCAGAUUUACCUGGUGGACUACGGCAAGCUUGUGAAAUGGGUUUGCUGAGUUCAGCACAGUUGGUUCGUUUUUUAUCAAUCAAUGCCAGACCAACAACAUCUAGGCUUAUUUCACGAGCUCUUUCUCCAUCCCUGUCAAGAGCGUGGAUUGGAAGGAUGAUUGCCGACCCAUCCUUCCUCUACAAAUUAAUAUUGGAGCAGGUCACCACUAUAGGCAGUACUGUUUGGUGGGAGUUAAAGAGCCGCAAAGGAAGGAUCAAAGAAGAGUGGGAUUUGGCAUUUAUCAAUGUUAUGACAGUAGCUGCCUGCAAUGCUUUCAUUGUCUGGUCACUUGCGCCUUGCCGUUCAUAUGGGAGCACCUUUCGGUUUGACUUGCAAAAUUCAAUACAGAAGCUCCCUAAUAAUAUCUUUGAGAAGAGUUAUCCCAUGAGAGAAUUUGAUUUACACAAAAGAAUUCACUCUUUCUUUUAUAAGGCUGCAGAGCUUUGUUUGGUUGGGUUAACUGCUGGAUCAAUUCAAGGUUCUUUGACGAAAGUUGUUUCUUCAAGGAAAGAGGGAAGGUUAUCAGUGACCAUUCCAUCUCUGAAAAACUAUGCUCUUGGCUACGGGGCAUUCUUAGGGCUUUAUGCAAACUUGCGCUAUCAGUUAAUAUGUGGGAUUGACAGAGCUAUGUUCGAUCGCUUUGAUGUUCUGGGUGUUGCGAUGUUCUUCGGCACCGUAUUGAGGGUUUUGAAUAUUCAUAUUGGGGAGACUUCCAGACUUGCUUGGCUAGGAAUCGAAGCACAUCCACUCCUUCAUUCAGAUACUCUCCUCAAAGCCUAUAUCAGGCCAUCAGAUCCUGCUGUCAACCAGCCAUCUUCAAACUGGUUCAUCUCCAAGGAUGCCAUUAUUUCUGGUCUCGGAUUACUCGGUCUCGGUCAGAAAGCAGGAGAUUCACCGCCUUCGAAACCUCGGAGGAAGCGAAUUUUAAAGAAAAAGGUGAGCCGAAGCUCGACGUAGAAAUCAGUUUCAGAAUUUUUGAGAUUUCUUCCAUGAUAUUAUUGAGCUUGAAGGGAAUAAAUUAGAAGCACGAAGGCUGUUCUGCUUUUUUUUUUGUAGAGCUGCAUUAAACAAGGUAUCCAGCUUUGCCAAUUUUGGCUUAUUAUUUAUUUUUUAGCUUAGCAGUUGUAGUUCUCUGUCUAUAUUUUCCAACUACGUAUUGACAGUUUUAUAUGCUGAGGAUUAUUUCAUGAUUAGAUGAUCUAAAUUUUUGUGUCUGUGGCAGUAUUCAUGAACAUUUCCAGCUUUGGUUGAGCAUUAAU